AUCAAAGACGAUAAAUUAAAAAGAAGCCGAGUUUGAACAAUUUAGAUAGAUGUUUCAUAAUCGUAUUUUUUUCUAACUCUGAAAGAUAACACGCAUACUGUGGAAAUAUCAUUUCAAUGCAUAUGUUUUAAACAUAUUGUGAGAAAUAUUAACAAUCAGGGGUUUCCAGGGUAAAAUAUAUUUUGAAAACAACUUGUUGUUUUACGAAAGGUGGCAAUACGGAGCCAUACUUUUAAAGUGUUUCCGUGUUAACUAAAUAAAAUUGUUGAAUACGAUUUCUUCUUCAUUUUAUUUGAAUUUAAAAAUGCAAAAUCUAAUCUUGAAUUUUAGUACGCAGUAUAAUUAUGACUUUGCUAUAGAGAAUUUGAAAAAUAAACAAUUAAGAACCGUUGCUAUGGUAACUACAUGUAGCUGAAAAAUAAGUUGGUAACAAAGCUUAUCGGGUUGUUAAUGAAAUUUUAGGCAUAUUUUUAAAUGUUCCAACAAAAACAAUCACUAAAUUUUUCUAAUAUCAGGAAUUACAGCAUGUUACUUGCAUAGACAUUUAAAAGGGUGUAAAAAUUUGAAAAUGUCCCAUUUCGACUUAUUAAAGAAAUGUAAAAAAACCCGAUUUUAAAAAAUAGUUAAUGGUUUCCAUUUUAACAUUGUAAAAGUAUUGGUUUCUCGAUCAAUUUUGACAAUAGGACAAAGGCUGUUGAUGUCUUUGAAAGUUUAUAUUAGUUGAUAAAGCCUCCUAAUAUGGCUUUGAGGUAGUAAGGUUUGCUAUGUUUCCACCUUUAGCCUCGAUUACCAUGGCACCCUAGCAACCAACGUUUAGUGUCUGUUUGCGUUUUACACCUAAGAGUGUCUAUGUAUGAAAUAUGAAGAAAAUUGGUGACUAUGCGUGGCCAGAACUUAUAAAUAAAUCAGUGAUUCUUAUAAAGAAAUUGAUGUUAGUUGUGACAAUCAAAUCAUUGUUACAUAUCAGUUUUAUGACGUCAUAAUACAUGGCGUCACAAUCAUCAAAUGUGUGAGAUUCCAAGCAUGCCGUUUGGAAAUUGGCUAAUUCGACGGAUAAAGCAACCGUUUCAGUGCUGUUAUAGGAAGAGCACGGCAAACAGUUCUGCUAUCGAUGUAAUAGAAAAAUACAGAAAAUCUGGGAAUAUUUUGCUUGUGGAAAACGGCCAUGGCGUAAGGAAUAUUUUGGUAUUUCAUAAAGAACUAUACAGAAGUGAGAGGGGUCUUAUUUACACCGGAUAUUGCGCCACAAAUCGUGUUCCUGUGGCAUUCAAGGUCGUACCCUUGACCCAUCGCGACAACCUUAUUGAAGAGUAUAUGAUAAUGCGGUUUCUUUGUCAUGAGAACAUUUUGAAAGUCUGGGCCCUAGAUUUUAGCGUCCGUGGUCACAGUGCAGUCAUGACUAUGGAUGUGGCUCGGUGCGAUUUAUACGCAUUGAUAAACUUAAUUGAUGAGUACGUACCUCUUCUACAGCUAGACAAAUGGAUGGAGGAGUUAAUAUCCGCGGUCAACUACGUUCACUCGAAUGAUUACGUUCAUGGAGACUUGAAUUACAAGAACGUUUUGAUCACCGAAGGUUUAUGUAUCAAAAUAGCCGAUUUUGGUUCUGCCGACAAGAGAUCUAAUUUUAAGUUAACCCGCUACGACCCUCUGUUUGUUCCGCCGGAACUAAGCUGUCGACUAUCCGAACCGAUUCCGUAUGGUUACGAUCCGCGUCUCAUAGACGUUUGGAGUAUUGGGGUACUGAUGUUCUAUGCGCUGACCAAGCAGCCCCCCUUCACGGAAGUAGUGACUAAAUCCGCCACGGACGUCCACGGAAACUGCCCGGGGGACACGCUCCUGUACCAAGAGGACCGGGAGCGCUGUAGUGUUCACUAUUCCAUUGUUUUGAGUAAGCUGAUGGAUUUCAACGUAAAGAGGCGACCUCAACUCAUUCACGUCAUUAACCAGAACUACUUCAACCAACCAGUAAUCCAGGACCAACUUGUUGCGGAGCAGAUUUUUCAAAUGUUUAGCUAGAUUAACUGAGUUUGAAAUUUUUCAGUGUACUUCAAUGCAAAAAUUUAUUCACACGUUUAUAAUUAAAAAUUUCCCCUUGGCAAUGCAGGCACGUGUUAACACAGGCACCAACACGAUAAACGUUUUUAUAUAUUACUUCACUGCUACUCUUUCUGUAGUGAUUGCUACCCUCUCCCAAAUUUACAUCUAGGUUAACAAUGAAUUGUUUUAUCACAGAAAUA